GGUGGGACCGGAAGUGAUGUGAGGUCGGGGCACAGCUGGCGUCCUUCCCCCGGGGAUGUGGAGAGUGGGCAGCAUGUCGGCGGAGGUGGGAAUCGGGUGUGCGCUGCGGGCAGUGAACGAGCGCGUGCAGCAGGCGGUGGCGCGGCGGCCUCGGGAUCUCCCGGCCAUCCAGCCCCGGCUCGUAGCAGUCAGCAAAACCAAGCCUGCAGACAUGGUGAUCGAGGCCUACAGUCACGGCCAGCGCACUUUUGGAGAGAACUAUGUUCAGGAACUGCUAGAAAAAGCAUCAAAUCCUAAAAUUCUGUCUUCAUGUCCUGAGAUCAAAUGGCAUUUCAUUGGCCACCUACAGAAACAAAAUGUCAAUAAAUUGAUGGCUGUCCCCAAUCUCUUCAUGCUGGAAACGGUAGAUUCUAUGAAGUUGGCCGACAAAGUGAACAGUUCCUGGCAGAAAAAAGGUUCUCCAGAAAGGUUAAAGGUUAUGGUCCAGAUUAACACCAGUGGAGAGGCGAGUAAACAUGGCCUUCCCCCUUCAGAGACACUGGCCAUGGUGGAGCACAUAAAUGCCAAGUGUCCCAGCCUGGAAUUCGUGGGGCUGAUGACGAUAGGAAGCUUUGGACAUGACCUUACUCAAGGGCCAAAUCCAGACUUCCAGGUGCUGCUGUCCCUCCGGGAGGAGCUGUGUGAGAAGCUACCCAUAGCCCCUGGGCAGGUGGAGCUGAGCAUGGGCAUGUCUGUGGACUUCCAGCAUGCGAUUGAAGUAGGAUCUACAAAUGUCCGAAUAGGAAGCACCAUUUUUGGAGAGCGGGAUUACUCAAAGAAACCUGCCCCGGACAAGUCCAAGGUGGACCUGAAGGCCCCAGAUGUGACUCAGGAGCACUGAGCCCAGGAAUAACCCAGAAGAAAAACUGCACUAACCUCAGUUUUCAUUUUGAUGUUCCCUGUGUCACAGCACAGUCCUGCACUCCUGUAACUGGCAGAGCGAGCACCAGCGAUCAUGUGUGUUGAUGGAAACCAUCUGUCUUAGUAUCUGACAUAGGAAGCUCACUUCAAGCAGUGGCUUUGGAUUGAAUUUGUGAAAUUCAGACAUUUCAGGACCAGGCGCGGUGGCUCACACCUGUAAUCCCAGCACUUGGGAGGCUGAGGCGGGUGUAUUGCCUGAGCUCACAGAUUGGAGACCAGCUGGAGCCAGAGCGAGACCCCCUCCCUCCAUCCCCACCUCCAUCUUUAAAAAGUAGCUGGGCGUUGUGGUGGGCGCCUGUAGUUCCAGCUACUUGGGAGGCUGAGGCAAGAGAAUCACUUGAGCCCAAGAGUUUGAGGUUGCUGUGAGCUGUGACACCACGGCACUCUACAAAAUAAGACUCAGGACACCAAAUCAAUAGCAAAGAAUGGGGGUCAAUGUUGAAUUCUGCCCAAAGGCACAAACUGAUCCAUGAAUGCUUUUCCAGGUGAAAAUCUGGUCACUUAACUCCUGCUGGAAUUCCAGCACUCUGGGAGCCUGAAGUGAGUGGAUAGCUUAAGCACAGGGGUUCAAGAUCAGCCUGAGCAAGAGUAAGACUGUCUCUAGAAGAACUAGGAAGGUGUGGUGGCAGGGCCCCUACAAUCCCAGUUACUCAGGAGGCUGAGGCAGGAGGAUCACUUGAUCCUAAGAGUUUGAGGUUGCUGUGAGCUAGGCUGAUGCCACAACAUUCCACCCAGGGUGACAGAGGUAUCUCAAAAAUAUAUGUAUGUUUGGUCAUGCAAUCGUGAGUGUCAGGGAUUCCCAUUCAACAUCUCACAGGCAGUUCCUUGGCUGAGUGGAGUGGCUCACACCUAGAAUCUCAACACUUUGGGAGGUAGAGGUGGGAGAAUUGCUGGAACCAGAGACCAGCCUGAGAAGCACAGAAGAUAAAAAAAAAAAAAAUGGAAAUUCUCUCUGGUUAAUGACUACAAAAGCCUCUAACUUGCUGCCCCCAUUUUCUCCUCUAGCCAGUAAGUAUGUGAAGAUACUCUACUUUGGGUUGGUGGUGCAGGUAAUUUUAGUAUCCUAAAGUUAAUGUAAUAUCUCAAGUUAAUUCCCCAAACUCAAACUGUUGCUGAUGUGAGUGUCUCUGGCCACCCUGUGGUCUUGAUGCUGAGGUUACGGGGUGACACAAAUAGGACUGGGGCCUGUCUGACAUCCUUCUGAAGGGGCAGGACUUGGAGUUUUUCCUCUGGGACCUACAUUGAUGAGAAUUUAAUGAUUUCCACCAUAAUAUUUUUUAUGGUGAUUUUUUUCAAUCAAAGACCAUUGAAUCUUACUACUCCUGAGAAAUGAAAGAUUCCUUUAAAGCCAUCUCAGGCACAUGGUUUCCACAAUGCCUGGCAUUGAUGGUCCUUCCCCUGAGGAGCAUUUUCCAAGCACAUGUACAGCUUCUCACCAUGUUUAUAAGCCAGAAUUUUGCAACCCUUCCUGAUUGUUAAGAAGCAAGAUGCUCAAAAACCAGAUAAUGCAGUUCUCCAGUAGUCAGGACAGAUGGCUUCUGUGGAUUGUUAUUUUCUGGAUGGCUCUUUCUGUUAUUUUUUCAAGCCCCAGUCUUUUAAAUUUUCAGAUCAUGAUGCUGCUGCUGAAUGUACUUUUGUAAAACUUACCUUCUGUACUGUUUUGCUCAAAGCUAUAGUGUGAUAUUUCAGAGUCUAUUAAAUAAAAAUGUGAGUUUGAAUUA